AUGGCUCCAACAAACCCCAAACCUAUCAAUUCUCGAAUAGUACAAAAGUCUACACAAAUCAUUCACAAUCUUCACACACGCAUAGAACGCCGUCGACCAAAAUCGAAAAACAAGCUUUCAUCUGAAUACUAUCAAAAUCUCAUCGCACAACACAAUAACCCAAAUACUGCUAUCAAGCACCAAUAUGCAGAUACUACAACGGACAACAUUCAAUCAAUUAGAAGCAAGUUUAUACGGUUCUGCCAUGAAAAGCUUCAACAAGACUGGAAGUUCACGAUUCGCGACUGUUCACUCGGCACAACAUUAGCAUUCCUUCAUUACAUCCAUACGGAAGAUCGAGUUAAAAAAAGAGGCGCCAUGCAACAAUAUAUUGCACAAUUUAAGAUGCUAUACAAUCGAAUGAAUGGUCGUCAAAUGGAUACCAACGAUGGGAAAAAAGCUUUGAAAUAUAUUGAUACAUUUGGACUCGAUAAUACGGUCAAGUCGAAACCCGUCAUAGGAGUAGAUGAUCUCUUGCUUCUACUCAAUCACCAUUGGGCGCGUGAUACUUCGGUUUUCCCUACAGAACGACAUCGUAUACAAUUUGCACUCAUCCUACUCAUUCUCUUCGGCACAGGCUGUCGGCCCGCGGAGCUAGUUGAUGCGCAGAAGAAACCAAAGAGCGCAUCUAGCGCCGAGGUCAUAUCUGAAGGCGAUGAGAGCGACGAUGAUCAUGGAAUGAAAUACGGCAACAGCACUUUUGGCAAGAACUAUAAUAAUAACAAAACUGAACGGUGUGAUGCGCUGUGCUACGAGGAUAUUCGUUUAUUGGCGGUACGAAAUAGCAAAAACAACAAAGACCAUGUCCUUGCUAUGGAGGUGACAUUGGCUCAUCAUAAAGGGCACAAAAGAUGCCCAAAACCAUAUAAAGCUACCAGUCCCGAUAGUCUGACUGCCCCUCUCCCAUAUUCUCAAUUUCGGGAUAGCCUAAACCGUCUUGGAUGUGCGACAGGCUUCCAAGAGAAGCUAACCAGCUAUUGCUUUCGUCGUGGAACAGCAAAUAUAGUUGAUCAAAAGGCAACAGAAGCUGUUCGUGAUCAGGUUAUGAGACACAAAGCCAUGUCAGGUGUAUACAAUGGGGCUUACAUCAACGAACGAAUUCGAUUUGACGUUCAGUCUGCUGUUUUCGAGCGCCCCUCUGCAGAUGGGGUGCUGCACAUUGAAGCAGAAGUCCGUCGCCUAACAAAUGAAAUUGGGAGUGCUAGAAGCAGACGUCGUAAGAUUAUCUCCGAAGAGUAUAGAGCUGAUUACUUUCGCCGCCGUCCUACCGAAGACAUUGAAAGACAGAACAAUGGAUAUGAGGCCGAGGAAUAUGUCGAGCCUAUAGUUGAAUAUCAAAUACCGGAAAGGAGAGAACUGGCCGAGCUUCUAUGUACACGUUUUGGAACUACCAAACCGCAGGAUGCUGUCAAACUCCGUAUUCAAGCUGCAAACCUCAUGUUGGCAUUGUGUGGUUGCCGUGAGAUACCUCAACGCUACAUGCGUCGGGCUGAACUACCUGCACAGUCAAUUAUCGAAAAGGACUUGUCUGAGACCGACCCAUUUUUCCCCCUUGUCUGUGGCAAAAGUCAAUGUCCCUUUUGCAUUGGAGACGAGACGAGAAGUUACGAGCAGCGUGUCGGUUCCUUUUGUCGUCCUGCAAAAAUGAUGGAUCAUGUCGAACGAGUUCAUCUCAAAGGACAAGAUCCAGGGGCCAGAAUGAAAUGUUACCAUCCCAUUUGUAAAUCUCAGGGGCUCGUUCUCAAACAUUUGGAACGUUUCAAAAGUCAUGUACAAUCUGUUCAUGGAAUCACCCUUCGAGUAUAG